UGCUGUUGUUGUUUUCUUUGCAAUGAAAAUUAUACCAUUAAAUUUAUCAAAGAAACAAUUUACAUGUUAGUUAUUACAUUCGGACAUCAAAAAUACAUUUUAUGAUGAAUUAGUUUUAGACAUGAAUAACUUUCAGGAAAAGUCAAAUAAAAACGAUGGACCCGGUGAAGAUGACGAUCUAUUUGACGAUUCUUCAAUUAUGGCUCAUUUUGAAAACAAUUCGUUUAAAGACAGAUCUAACUUCUCUAAAAGUGUAAUUAACGACUCCCUGAAUAACAGUCACAAUUCUUGUAAUAUCAGCGCUCUGUGCUGUGAUGAGGAGAUCAGUGGCUACGACCGGCUGACUGGCAAGACAUGGAUUUACCCUACAAACUACCCUGUCAGGGACUAUCAGUUCAACAUUAUCAGAGCUGCUCUAAUGAAAAACACUUUAGUGAGCCUACCUACUGGAUUGGGUAAAACAUUUAUAGCAGCGGUAAUAAUGUACAACUUCUACCGCUGGUACCCCCUCGGCAAGAUUGUGUUCACCGCCCCGACUAGACCUCUGGUGGCUCAGCAGAUUGAUGCUUGCUACAACAUCAUAGCCAUUCCUCCUAAUGACACCAUAGAAAUGACAGGGCACAUGCCAGUUAACACUCGAAAACUCCACUGGCAGACUAAAAGGGUAUUCUUCGCCACACCCCAAGUCAUAUACAACGACAUCAAAUCCGGGAUCUGUCCGGGCGACAAGAUCCGGUGCUUGGUGGUGGAUGAGGCGCACCGCGCGCGCGGGAACUACGCCUAUUGCCAGAUUGUUUCCACAUUAACUGAGAUGAAGCACAAGACGUAUAGGAUGCUGGCUUUGUCGGCCACGCCGGGGAGUAAAGUUGAUGAUGUUAUCAAUGUAAUAAAGCACCUAAACAUAGCCCAUUUGGAGCUGCGAACAGAGAACUGUAUAGAUGUGGCGCCGUACAGUCACUCGAGGAAAAUCAAUACUGUUGUUAUUCAAUUAGGACCGGAGCUGACGCAGCUAAGGAACCAUUACGUCGAGAUUCUGGAUGGUUACGCGAGAAGACUGAAACAAAUGAACAUUUUACCACACAACGUUGGUAACUUGUCAAAGGGUCGCAUUGUGAUGCUGUAUAAGGAAUAUCAAGGAAAGGAGCGGGGGAGUAGGCACCCACAGCACAACUACAUAAUGAAAGACUUCACACUCCUAAUAGCCUUAUACCACGGCCUAGAGCUACUAGUAAAGCACGGCGCUCGAGUCUUUCUUAACUUCUUCGACGAUCAUCCCGAGAAAUCGUGGCUUCAAGCCGAUGAUCGGCUUACGGCGUUACUUGAACGGUUGCGCGAUGAUUUAGGAGUGAACCCUAUGGCACUCGACACUAGUAUUCUUCCGGAUGGGUCAAUACCAGAUGUACCCAAAGACCUGCACUUCGGCCACCCAAAAUUCGACAGACUGAAGGAGAUUAUGCUGGAACAUUUUCAAGCCGCGAAACGCAACGGACAGGAUACGAAAGCGAUAGUAUUCUGCGAAUACCGCGAGAGCGUGAACUUAGUCCAUUGCCUGUUGUUGCAAUGCCGGCCGCUGAUUGUACCACAGAUGUUCGUCGGCCAAGGCGCCUCUGGUAAGGACAACAAACCAAUGGUAUCACAAAAGCAGCAGCUGCGUGUGAUGCGACAGUUCCGAGAGGGCGCGUGCAACGCUUUAGUGGCGACUUGCGUCUGCGAAGAAGGACUGGAUGUCGGCUCGGUCGACCUCAUCUUAUGCUUUGAUAUUUCUACAGCUUCGCCAGUGCGUCUCGUGCAGAGGUGUGGCCGUACUGGACGAGAGCGCGGAGGCAAAGUCUUCAUUUUGGUGACUGAAGGCAGGGAACACCAGACACUAAUGGACUGUAUGCGUCGCCGAGACGGCCUCAACGCCAAAAUCCUGCAGUCGAAGGAUGUGGCCAUCAACCUAUACAAAGCCAACCCUCGCAUGAUGCCUCACGAUCUGACGCCGGUGUGCCAAAAGAUGUUCAUCACCGUACAGAAAAAUGAGACUAAGGAUACGACGAAAGCACAGGCAGAUAAGGCAAAAAAGAACCAAAAAGACUUGCGUAGCAUGCUUACUGCCAGUACGAGUACUUCCACAUCUGCCAAUACUGUCGAAGGAGCCGGUUUCAUCACGGAGAGCGAAUUUCAAGAGAUCUUUCCCGACGGGUAUCAAGAGACGGAUUAUUUGCCUAAACCUAAGGAGGUCUGGGCAAUGGAUAAAGAAACGUUCAAAGAUGCAGCACGCGACGAAGGCAAAUUGAAUUUGUCAACUUGGCUGGAAUGGCAAAGGAACCCACAGAACACAGUGAAAGUCGAGCACUCGACCGACAACCAGGUUUUGACGUCCCUGCUGCAGUACAGUGACGCGAAGAGAUUUGAAUUGCCGCCUUCUACACAGAAUCCCACAUUUAGCACACAGAAUUUGGCAACACAAAAUUUCUCUGUACCCACCCCAGAAAAACCUAAACCGCCUAAAAAAACUAAAAAAGCUCCAGUGAUCAAGUCUCCAGUAAAGAGAUGCGGCGGUGACAUUAGAGCUCUUUUCAGCACAGCCACCAAAUCUACCAAAAAUUACACUAAAUUAAUAAAUGAUCUGGGCAUUCAAAAUGACGGAAGUAUUCCAACUAGCUUGAUCAACUUACUGGUGGACCUAAGGUUAGAUAAUGAAGUAGUACGGAACUGCUUAAUAUGUCAGAACAUAUGUGAUUGUACCUUCAUUGAAAAUAUAAGGAAACACAGGAAAAAACUUACAAAACCCCUCUUUUUAACCAACCUGAUAUUGCCAGAUAUCAAUUUGAUUGAUGACUUGGAUGCAGAGUCGCUUAUGACGCGAGAGAAAACUAUUAAUAAUAGUCAAGACUUAUUUGAAGACUACAAAGACAGCACAUAUAUGGAAGUAAAGAACAAUUGUAGUAAUUUUGAUUUAGAAUUCGAUUUCGGCUCGCCCGAAGAAAUUGUUACCUCAGAUGACAAAGUUGCUGAAUCCGUUGAAAAUACUGACAAAAAUUUUGAUCUGGGUGAUAUUGAGGAAAUAUUUGCUGACAGUAGUCCCGAAGAAGCCAUUAUUAAAGAAACAGAAGCUAAAAAUGACAGUGAUCCGAAAGAAGCUUUGGGUUUCUUUGGAUUAGACAGUAUUGAAGACAUUUUUGGUGAAUCUGAUGAAAGCAGAUUAGAAGCAUCGCAUGCAAAAGAAAAUAAAUCGGAAAUCAAUGAAAACAAUAAUCACGUUAUAGAUCAAGUUGAAAAGUUCAAAGUGCAAGUAACUGAAUCGGAAAUCGUGUGUCCAGUUAGUCCGUCAAUUUUAUCAGGGCAAAUGAAAACUUCGAAAAAACCUGAAACAUCACCCACGUCGCCAAUACUUUGCACUCAGGUUCGAAAAUUUCAACUGAGUACGAAAAGAAAUCAGCCAAAGAGUUCCACUCCAUUAGGAAAUGCUAAGAGACAGUUGAUACCGCCUAAUACAAGUUCUAGUAGCAACAUUGAUCCUAUGAUAUCCAAUAAAUCAGAUUUAAAUGUAAAUAGUAAAUCAGGGAUAGAUACAACAAAUAAGAGCAUGUUUACGAUAACGCAGCUGGUCGAAAUGAUCAAUAAUAAAACCGAUCGUUCAAUAACUCAAACUAAUAUUUCCAAAACUUUAGAAGAACCUAAAGUAAUAGACGAGGAUGAUAGAAGUACGUCACCUGUUCUCUUAACACAAGCUGCCAGAAAGAGAACUACACACAGUUUAAAUAAUUCAAUUAAAAGUAAUAAUUCUGUUAUACUAGAUAAAAAGGCGGAAAGCCUGAUUGUUCUUGAUAGUGAUAGUAGCAGUGAUUCAAAUGAAGCCACUCAAAUGUAUGAUAUCGAAGACUUAAAAAAUGACACUGAAAUCAACGAAUCAAAGGUUAAAGAACCUUUUAGAAGUCCUUUAAGUAACAAACGAAAGUUAUCUGAAGAUGAUGACGUGACUUUAAAUGCUUCACCAUAUUUUAAUAAACGGCAAAAAAUAGAGAAUCAUGAAAGACCGCUUACACUGCAAGAAAAAGUGCUUUCUGCUCUCAAUCGAUCCCAAAAACCAGACAAUCAUGACAGUACUGUGAACUUUAUGUUUUCUCAAAAAGAAAACGAGAAUCCGCAAGAAAAUAUUAUAAGCCCUAAAGAUGAAGAUGAUAAAGAAAAGUAUGUAAAUAGAGUGAAUUUAGAAAUGCUUCAAGCUUUCAGACGGGAUAGUCAAGUAAAGAAUCCUAAGCGGUUAUUCGAAGAUAGUCCGAUCAGGAAAGUGUAUUUGCAGAGGAGGAGACCAUUGAGUGAUAGUGACGAUGAUUUUGUCAAUGACGACAGGAGAAGUCAGAGGCCGGUGGCUAGCAGGGACAGUCACAAGUCAACUACAAAUCAUAAAGUGAGAAAAAAGAAAGCAGGAAAUUCGUUCUUAGAGAUAGAGGCGGAGGAAUCAGAUGACGCGUCGGGCAGCGACGACGAGCAUUCAGACGACAGUGUUGGCAGCAUCGUCGACUUCAUCUGCGACGAGCCCGUGUCGCACUCGGACAUACAGGCGCACUACAUGAGAGCUGUCACGGGUACUGUGAAUGGUGCAUUCAAAAUUCCUGAACUACCCACAAGGUUUAAACGGGAGGAGAUAUUCUCGCAAUUUGUCGAAGAGGACUCUUAUGAAAUGGAUAGCUUCUGUGUAGAUUCCCACAUCGGAUUAACCCAAGUCCACGACGUGUCCGAGUUAGAAUUAGCCGAAAUAAUUCUCGAAGAGAGAAAAACUAAGAAGAAAUCCAAACCACCCCAGCGCCAAGUCGAUACAACCACCAAUGGCGAUAGUCCUCUAGUUAUACGCAAAAAGAAAAGUGCCAUAAGGCAGAUACAGAGUGACUCUGAUGAUAGUAGUUAGGAGUAAAAGAUAAGUUCAGCUGGACUGAACCGUUUUUAACUGUGAUAUAGCUUAAUACUUCAGUGUAGACAUACUCUAAUAAUGUGUAUUGAUUUUGAAAUGUAUAGAUACUAGAGAUCCGUUUAUUAGACCUGUCGAUUGUGAUUUUAUUUCGUUUCGUCAUGUUUUUGAAUUUGUAUUCAGAACAAAACAAAUUCAACCCUAUUUUCAUAUAGCACUAGUUUUAAAUUCAGCUGUCAAAUGAUAUUUAAAGUGGCAUCAGGAGGGCAAAUGGCCUUAGACCACCGCCU